GAAGCCGCCUUGUGGGGUGGCGGCGAGAAAGUGAGCCGUAAGCGCAUGCGCGUCCACUCAUCCAUCCUAUGAGGCUGUUUCUGAAGAACCGAAGAAAAGCAGCAGGUGGGGGGUUGUAGCUGAAAGACUAUGUCCACAAUGGUGUAUCCCAGGGAGGAGAAGAUGGACAAGCUAACCCAAGAGGAGAUCAUCUCCAACACCAAGCUGGUGAUGCAGGGGCUGGAAGCCCUGAAGAAUGAGCACAACUCAAUCUUGCACAGCCUGCUGGAGACCAUCAAGUGUCUGAAGAAGGAUGAGGAAGCCAAUUUAGUGCAUGAGAAAGCCAACCUGCUACGCAAGUCGGUGGAGAUGAUUGAGCUGGGGCUCGGAGAGGCUCAGGUGAUGAUGGCUCUGUCGAACCACCUGAACGCCGUGGAGUCUGAGAAGCAAAAGCUGCGAGCCCAGGUGCGCAGGCUGUGCCAGGAGAACCAGUGGCUGCGGGAUGAGCUGGCAAACACCCAGCAGAAGCUGCAGCGCAGUGAGCAGACGGUGGCCCAGCUGGAGGAGGAGAAGAAGCACCUGGAGUUCAUGAACCAGCUCAAGAAAUACGACGAGGACGUGUCCCCGUCGGAGGAGAAGGAAGGCGAUUCCACAAAGGAUUCCUUGGAUGACUUGUUUCCAAAUGAGGAAGAGGACCAGGGCCCAGGGUUGCCUCAUCCGCACAGCAGUGCCGCCGCGGCAGCCCAGCAAGGGGGCUACGAGAUCCCGGCACGCCUGCGCACGCUCCAUAACCUGGUGAUCCAGUAUGCGUCACAGGGGCGCUACGAGGUGGCCGUGCCUCUCUGCAAGCAGGCGCUGGAGGACUUGGAGAAGACUUCGGGCCAUGAUCACCCUGAUGUGGCCACCAUGCUCAACAUCUUGGCCUUGGUAUAUAGGGAUCAGAACAAAUACAAGGAGGCUGCUCACCUGCUGAACGAUGCCCUCUCCAUUAGAGAGAAGACACUUGGCAAAGACCAUCCUGCAGUUGCAGCGACCCUGAAUAACCUGGCUGUUCUCUACGGCAAAAGGGGGAAAUACAAGGAGGCAGAGCCAUUAUGCAAACGAGCCUUGGAAAUCCGGGAAAAGGUUCUUGGCAAAGAUCACCCAGAUGUAGCCAAGCAGUUAAACAACUUGGCUUUACUAUGCCAGAAUCAGGGCAAGUACGAAGAAGUAGAGUAUUACUACCGCCGGGCACUGGAGAUCUACGAAUCCCGCCUGGGACCUGAUGAUCCAAAUGUGGCCAAAACAAAGAACAAUCUGGCCUCCUGCUACCUGAAACAAGGCAAAUACAAGGACGCAGAAGUCCUCUACAAAGAAAUCCUCACCCGUGCCCACGUCAAGGAAUUUGGCUCCGUGGAUGAUGAACACAAGCCUAUCUGGAUGCAUGCAGAAGAAAGGGAGGAGAUGAGCAAGAGCAAGCACAGAGAAGACAGCCCCUAUGCAGAGUAUGGUGGCUGGUAUAAGGCCUGCAAAGUCAGCAGCCCCACGGUGAACACCACCCUGCGGAACCUGGGCGCACUGUACAAGCGUCAGGGCAAACUGGAGGCUGCAGAAACCUUGGAAGAGUGUGUCCUGCGUUCCAGGAGACAGGGCACUGACCCUAUUAACCAGACCAAGGUGGUGGAGAUUCUGAAAGAGGGUGACGGCUCUGAGAGGAGGAGGAGCCGAGACAGCCUGGGGGGCAGCGUCAAAUAUGAGAACGCCACAGAUGGUAGCGAGGAAGUGAGUAUGGGCGUGGAAUGGAACGGGGCUUAAAUGCCUCCUGAGACACCUUUCCCCCCCUCCUUCACCACAAUCACCCGGAUGCUUGUGCCGCUCCUUCCGACUUUUUCCUCCAAACCAUCCCCUUCCUCCCGCCGUUCCUGCUCUCCUCGGCAAGGACUCCACGCGCCAGCCCCCCAACUCUCCGUCCCGGUGGGCACCGAGGGGCAGACCAGCGCCUGCAGAGGAAUGUCCGGCUGGCUGCACGCGGCUCCACGACUGCAUCAACCAGCAAGAGAGCAGGAAGAAACGCCAGGAGGCUGCCUCUUUUUCCCCCUCUCCCCCUUCCCCUCGGCAAGGCAAGGCCGGACGUCACCAGGAUUCCUCCUGGCUCCCUCCGUCCUCUUAUGGGGGCAGGAAUGAAAGGCUUCUGCUGUCCGGAGACAGCCUUGCUUCCCCUUCUGUGCCCUGCUCAUCCUGGGGUCCUCCGCAUUCACAAUCUCCCAUCACCCCUUCCUCUUGCCUUCUGAUAAAGUCGGAUUUUGCUGCCUCCAUUUGAGCUCUCUGCCCCGCUCUUUGGCCUUCCCCCCUUGCCUCCUUUCCCCCACCCCACCCCUUGCUGCCAGGUGGGGAGUUAGCAGAGAGUAGGAUAUGCAUGUUUCCAAGCCCAGGCCUCUAAUUGUAAGGGGGCAGGGUGAGCUGUGAUUCUGUUUUUUUCCCCUGUAAUCGAUGUAUGGUACCGAAACGGCGUCUAAUGUGCCCACUGCUGCUGCUGUAGAGGCCCGUCUGCCACCAUAUGCAGGGCCUGUACGGAGGGUGUGGGGACAUAGCCUUCACUGCCAUGCCCAUCCUCCUAGCUGUUGGUUACUUUUUAGCCUGUUCUUUGAGGCGGUAAAGGACAGGGCCUAUCAUAACCAGGGGUGGAGCAGGGAUGACGACAGCGCAAGAAUCCCGAAGGAUGUGCCAGAGCAAAAGUGGAAGAGACAUAAGCUUGAGCUGUAACCUCCGCUCUAGGACCUUAUUUUUCAUUGUGGCCUGGGUGCAGUCCGCUUCCCAGGAUGACUUGGAGGAGAGGAGGUUAUAGUAGCUGUGGCAGCCAUAGAGGGCUUUUUGGUUGGUUUUUUUUUAAAUAACCCUCUGUCCAGUACUGGUUUCUCUGAUUAGACUUUGGCCUGGACUUGCUCUGCCCGUCGCACUACAUGAUGCCCUGCGUUUCAGAAGAAAAUAUGUCUCUUGAGGGCGAUGAACUUGAGAAUCUUUGUUUGUCUCCGUGCUCUGUUCCUUUGUUGUUGUUGCAAGAGGUGGGAGACCAGGAUGGCUUGACUCUGGCACUGCUUCAUUUCUACUCCUCCCGUAGGGCGGUGGGGAGGAAGGCAUUGCCUAUUUACAUUUCUUAAUUUAUUGUCACGAUCGUACAUUUUGAAUCAUGCUUCGAGCGCCAUAUGGGGGUUGGUGGGGUUAGAAAGGCAGGGUGUAAAAUCAAAUCAAUGAAUAAAUGCUGUUGCUUAAGGCCGGAGAUCGCAAGAGGCCCACCCAAAGGCCACCCAAAAUGGCGGGCAGAAAAUGCGUGUGUGAACGGGGAAGGCAGCAACUCUAGCGGAUGCUUAUUUAGAAGCAGGGUGAGGGAGCGGAAGAGACAGGGAGGUUCACAAGAUGAGAGUUCUGUCACACCCUCACUACUGCCAGAUGUUCGCACGUCCUUUAGACGACGAUGUCCACCUCCUACUCCUUCUGCUCAUUUUUCCGUAGCAAAAUAGACCCCUUUUAAUCCGGUUUUUUUUUUAGAAUGGAAUGUGAUGCAAUCUCCUGCUGUGUGCAGGAAACGUGGCGCGAUUGAAACAGCCCCUAAAUGGGCUGCGUGGUCUUUGUUUACUUCCUCUUUCCCCUCCGGGCAGAAAGAGGAAGUAAUGAGGGACAAAAGUGGGGGCAGAGAAGUGACGGUAAGGAAACGCGAUUCCCCCCCCCCCCGUGUGAUGUUGCUCAGAGAGAGUUGGAAUUGCACAUCCUAUGCAAGAGUGAUGGAAGUGAAGGGCCCUUGCAUGCAAGAGAGACAGGCGGGAGUCGGAGGCCCAUGUGAAAGUGGGAAUAGUUUGGUAGGCCUGUGGUUGGGCCUCUGGAAGAUUUGAAUGGAGAGGGGGCAAGAAUUUCAGCUUGCGAUGUGGUAGUCCGUAGUAGAUGUGGGGUAGAAGUGUUAACGGGAUGUUCAGUCAGUGAGGCUAGUAGCUCCGAUUCCAGUGGGGCGGUGAAUCCGCUCCAGGUUUCAGUCAGAACUCUAAAGGAGCUCUCCGAGGUGCAGGAGAACUUCUAAAGGAGACCUCCUCUAGAAUUCUGACUGAAACCCAGAGCAGAUUCACCGCCCUGCUGGCAUCGGAGCCACUGGGCACCACUGUGUUCAGUGCAAUCCUAUUUGUGUUUCCUUAGGAGUAAGUCCCACUGUGUUCACUGGCACUUACUGCCAGGUAUGUAGGAGCGUAGCCUUAGCGGGGCCUGGAGUGCAUGUCAGCUCGGCUUCCCACUGAGCUGAGACGAGGGAGGUGUUUCAGGGCAGGGGGCGGGGAGAAGAGAGAUGAUUCCUUCAGGAAUUGGGGCACAGGGUGGGACUUGCAGGGCAUGCUGGGAAUAUGUUCAUGGUGGUAGGCUGAGGUUAGGUGGUGAACAGGACACAUUGGGUUUAGAAAUGGGUGUGAUAGAGGGGAGACGCUGAGGUGCCGAUCAGAAGGGAAUUGUUACGUUUUCCGUAGAGCAGAAUAGAGAAUGAAAAUUUCGGGGAAGUGUUUGCUAGCACGUAGGACGUAGUGACGCCUGGGGGAAAGUGGACCUUGGGAUUUUCUGGGCUGGGGAUCCGGUUUCUAAGGAAGACGGUUCUUCAUCAGUCGCAUGGCACUUUAUGCUUCUGAGGAGUAACCAGCUGCUCUGUUCUUGCUGCCGGGCAUGCAGGUGUGAGGGAGGAUUUCCUUUCAGCUCUCAUACUGAGCAUAGCUUUUGUGCCUGUGGGGGUUUGUUCCCUUUUUUUUUUUAUGUGGUUCGGUGUCCUUGUGAGUAUAGCUGGCUUUUUAAAAAAAAAAGAAGAAGAAAGACUAGAUACGUUUCUAUAUUAGAAUUUUAGGGCUAGGUGUUAAGUAAGAUGUAUGCACCCUUUUGCUCCAGGUGUUGAUUAACUGCUGGAACCGAAUAACAAAGCGUGUGCUAUUAUCGCCCUAUGCUGGGUUCUUUCCCCCUUCUUGUUUGAAGCAGCUGGAGCUGCUCGCUGCUGGAGGCAGGGCACUGGGUCACGCUGGGCCAUUGGUCUGACCCAGAAAGGGUGUUCUCAGGCAGAGUUCUGCAGCAGGAUGACUUGAAGGCCCUAACCCCACGGCCGUGCUAGUGGUGGAGGCCUGCGGGUGCCAGCUUGGGAAAGCCUCACCUGGUCCUAAAUGCCUGUGAUGGCUCCUUUGGGGGGAGCCCUCCGCGGCUUGUAGUGUGGCUUCUUGCUUUUUGCCCAUCUGCUCCAGGAAAGGGGCUGGCUAUGCAUGGUUGGGGCAGGGCAGUGGCUGCUUUCUCCCCCUGUGGGAAAAGGUAGGGAGAGGUGACCCAAUAUAGAAUCGCCAAGACCUCCUUUACCCUUCUUUUACCCACUGGGCAGGGAGGGGAGGGGGGUGGCUGUCCCAGGAUGCUACGAAGAGGCCUCUGGAGCCUGCCUCUGAAAGCUGCUCCCAGUGCCUCCCCUUGAAGCUCUCUCAACUCUCUUCCCAGCUCUGCCUUUUGCCUUGCGCUGGGCUGUCCACAAGCCAUUUUUAUAGCACUGGGCGGGGGACGGAAAGUGUGUUCUCCUCUCUGCCUUUUGACACAGACUUGGUGCUUUCUUUUAUGUUGUGAACUAAUUUACCUCCAAUUAAAGGCAGAAGGACCUGAA